AUGACUCACACAAACCUCACCAUCUUCCACCCAGAAGUUUUUGUCCUACUUGGCAUCCCAGGGUUGGAAGCUUAUCACAUCUGGCUGUCCGUCCCUCUCUGCCUUAUGUACGUCACUGCUGUCCUGGGAAACAGCCUUCUGACAGUGGUCAUCAUCAUGGAACGCAGCCUCCAUGAGCCCAUGUACUUCUUCCUCUCCAUGCUGGCGAUGACAGACAUCCUGCUGUCCACCACCACUGUGCCCAAGGCCUUAGCCAUCUUCUGGCUCCGUGCUCAUGACAUUGCCUUUGAUGCCUGUGUCACUCAAGUCUUCUUUGUCCAUGUGAUGUUUGUAGGAGAGUCAGCCAUCCUCUUGGCCAUGGCAUUUGACCGCUUUGUGGCUAUCUGUGCCCCCCUGAGAUACACAGCAGUGCUAACAUGGCCUAUUGUGAGAAGGAUUGCUUUGGCCAUUGUUACCCGAAGCUUCUGCAUCAUCUUCCCAGUGAUCUUCUUACUGAAGCGGCUGCCCUUCUGCAGGACCAACAUCGUCCCUCAUUCGUAUUGUGAGCAUAUUGGUGUGGCUCGUUUGGCCUGUGCUGACAUCACUGUGAACAUCUGGUACGGCUUCUCCGUGCCCAUUGUCAUGGUCAUCUUGGAUGUCAUCCUCAUUGCUGUGUCCUACUCACUGAUCCUCCGAGCAGUAUUUCGUUUGCCGUCCCAGGAUGCUCGGCACAAGGCCCUGAGUACUUGUGGUUCCCACCUCUGUGUCAUCCUCAUGUUUUACGUCCCAUCCUUCUUCACCUUAUUGACGCAUCGCUUUGGACGCAAUAUUCCUCGCCAUGUCCAUAUCUUGCUGGCCAACCUUUAUGUGGUAGUGCCACCCAUGCUCAACCCCAUUGUCUAUGGAGUGAAAACAAAGCAGAUUAGGGAAGGUGUAGCCCACUGGUUCUUUGAGAUCAAGGCCUGGUGUUGUACCUCCCCACCAGGCUGA